CUCCUACGACUUGGCCAUGGGCUUGAGCUUCCUAUAAAUUCUCUACUUUCUCGUCUCCGCUCAUCCUCGAAAAACAACCAAACACAAAGACACAGAGACAGAGAGUUAGAGAGAGAAACAAAGAGAUUGAGAGAGAGAGAGGGAGACCCUAAUCGCUGAAAGUUAAACCCGGGUUUCUGGUUUCUCUCUCUCUUUGCCACCAUAAAGCAACGGGAAAUCUGAAAAUCUAGCGACUUUUUCUCUCUAGAGUUUUCUCGGGAAAAAAAAAGAAUUUCACGAUCUUCUUUGUGUUACACAACCAUGGUUUUUUGGGUUUUCGGCUAUGGUUCACUGGUGUGGAACCCAGGAUUUGAAUACGAUGAGAAGGUGAUAGGCUACAUUAAGGACUACAGGCGUGUAUUUGAUCUUGCAUGCAUUGAUCACAGAGGCACACCUGAACAUCCUGCGCGCACUUGCACAUUGGAACAGAAAGAAGGAGCCAUAUGCUGGGGUGCUGCUUAUCGUGUUGAGGGAGACCCUGAAAGGGAAAGAUUAGCAAUGGAGUAUUUGGAAAGGAGGGAAUGUGAAUAUGAUGAAAAGACACUUGUAGACUUCUACAAGGAAGAAGAUUCCUUGCAGCCUGCUUUAACAGGGGUUAUAGUUUUCACAUCCACUCCAGACAAAGAAUCAAACAAGUACUAUCUUGGACCUGCACCAUUGGAGGAAAUGGCCAGGCAAAUUGCAACUGCUAAUGGGCCAUGCGGAAACAAUAGAGACUAUCUUUUCCUGUUAGAGAAGGCCUUGUCUCAAAUUGGCCAUGAGGAAGACAUGGUGAUAGAGCUUGCAAACGAGGUGAGGAAGGUACUUGAUGAAGGAAUUCCGAAGGAGAGGAAGUCGGUACUUGAAAUUGAAGGAAUUCCGAAGGAGAGGAAGUUGGUUGGGCCACCCCACAUCCCACACAACAAGUCCCAUAUGCCCACCCUUCAACUGCAUCCACUUCCAGAAGCCAUUGCCAUGGACUCCUCCUAGCCAGAGAAAGAUACCAACUGAAGGAUUUGCACAAGCUUCAGGAGUCUGCUAACCCAUUUAUUACCUUAUUUUGGCGCUUAUUUAUUCUUUUCCUACAACAGGGCAGUUUUUUUAGCAGUUUUUUUGCCUGUCAAAACUACUACACGGCAGUUGGUCACUCCUUUUUUGGAAGUCAAUAAUCUUUGCUUAGCUUAGCUUUGAGGCGCUGCAAGAAAGUGGUAACUGGAGUUGAAAUGAGUGACUAACAAUUUUCAUACGAAAUACAGAAAGUAGAAGACGAUGAUGAUGCUAAUUUCAUUUUCCAACGAAGAGAAAUCAAUUGUUACUUCAUGCGAAA